AUGGCGACGCCCGACACGAAGGCGACAAAAUCGCUAGCAGAGCUACGAGACGACCAGGUCCUGUGGUAUAAAAUUUGCGUCCUGGUUUACGAUCUGCGCAACAUGACCAAAGACAAGGCUUGCGAGGAUCGCACUCUACAAACCACCGACGAGCUCUACAUCUCAGCGCCAUACUUCUCGGCCGACGAAGCCGCCACUAUCAAGAGCGCAACCGUGAGCGACAACGACAACGCAUUUCUCGAACAAACCAUCACCUCAAACCUCCAGAACUUCUUCGAAAAGCGUCGGGCGAGCGGUGACUGCCGCCCCUGCGGUCCCCACGACAUGGUCCCGGUCUACCUUGAAUGCUUCGGCAUCGAUAGGGCCGAGAUCGAAAACGAGAAGUUUGUCUCCCGCCUGCGGCGUUCGGGGCCGGGGACUAAGUAA